AUGGAGAGGCUGCAAUUGGAGAUGAAGAAGAUUGUAAACUGUAAGGCAUGGCCUGCUGGUCCAGGUGAGUAUGAGGUUAAGGAGAAGAAAUCAUCAUUCCAGUUAUACUUGGGAAAGCAUUCUUGCAGUUGCAGGAAGUGGGACAUGUCAGGCAUUCCUUGCCGUCAUGCUUUGAUGGUGAUUACAGACAAGAAAUUGAAUCCGGAAAACUACAUUUCAUCUUGGUAUUUGACUUCUAGGUGGAGAAAUGAGUACAAUGCAUAUAUAGAUGCGGUAAGAGGCUGCAACUUCUGGAGGAAAUCCGGUGAGACUGAGCUUUUGUUACCACCAAAACCAGAAGGUAGAAAGAGAAUCCCAAAAAGAAUCAAGGAGAGGAAUGAAUCACCACAGAAGAAGAAGAGCAAAGGCAAAGAGAAGGAGCUUAAACUUUCUAGAAAGAAGAGAAUAAUUCAUUGUGGAAUAUGUGGUGGAGAAGGGCAUAACACAAGGAAGUGCCAAUUCUUUGGACCUGCUCCUUAUAGACGUCCAAAGAAGGUUACAGAGAGUGCAACAGUUGGAUCAUCAAGUCAGCCAACACAAAGCCAAGUCAUUGACUAA